CAUUUGAGGUAAAUGUAGUAGUCGAGUCGCUGUAUUCUGCUAGUCGAAAUAUACCUCCUUCGUUCCUCUCGAGCGAUGUCUCAGUUCUGGAAGCCGGGAACCGAGCGGCCUCGGCCGUGUCUUGUCGAUGAUGAGGAAGGUGGCGUCCUCUUCUACUCGACCCCUCCUCCAUCUUCAAGCUAUGGUUACGCCAGCUUGGAAAAGCAGAGACAAAGACUCCCUGUGUUCAAGUAUCGGACUGCCAUCCUUUAUCUGGUGGAGUACCACUCCACCGUCAUAAUCGUUGGCGAGACUGGUAGCGGAAAGACCACCCAAAUCCCUCAGUAUCUAAAAGAGGCAGGUUGGGCUGAGGGUGGCAGACUCAUAGCUUGCACGCAGCCAAGGCGGUUGGCUGUACAGUCAGUUGCUUCACGAGUAGCAGAAGAGAUGGGUGUUAAAAUUGGAGAAGAGGUUGGAUAUACAAUCCGUUUUGAAGAUAAAACUGUUCAGGGUGUAACCAAGAUUAAGUUUCUUACUGAUGGGGUUUUGCUAAGAGAAAUGAUGGACGACCCACUACUGACCAAGUACAGUGUCAUAAUGGUAGAUGAGGCUCAUGAAAGAUCUAUCUCCACUGACAUGCUACUAGGCCUUUUGAAGAAGGUACAACGACGUAGACCUGAGCUACGUUUAAUAAUAUCAUCCGCAACAAUAGAGGCAGAGUCCAUGUCAAACUUUUUUCGAACUAGAAAGAAGAAUGAUGGACAUGCUACCGACGAUAAUAAUCUUAAGAUGGAACCUUCCAUUCUUUCAGUUGAAGGAAAAGGGUAUCCAGUGGAAAUUCAUUAUGUCCAGGAGCCUGUCUCUAAUUAUUUGCAAUCUGCUGUGGACACGGUGCUUUUAAUUCAUGAGAAGGAGACAGUUGGUGAUGUUCUAGUGUUUCUUACAGGUCAAGAAGAAAUUGAUGCUGCUGUGCAACUACUUGUAGAGAAGGCAAGCGAUAAAACAAGCCACUUUUCUGGGCUGUUGGUUUUGCCACUUUACUCUGGGCUUUCACGAUCAGAUCAGGACCUCAUAUUUUCUCAGACUCCAAAGGGAAAGAGGAAAGUUGUUAUAUCUACCAAUAUUGCUGAGACAUCACUUACAUUAGAGGGGGUGGUUUAUGUUGUGGACAGUGGGUUCUCAAAGCAGCGCUUUUAUAACCCUAUCUCUGACAUUGAAAACUUGGUGGUGGCGCCAAUUUCGAAAGCUUCUGCAAAACAACGAGCUGGAAGAGCUGGAAGACUACGAGCUGGAAAGUGCUUUAGGUUAUAUACUGAAGAUUAUUUUGUCAAAGAAAUGCCUGCAGAAGGAAUUCCUGAAAUGCAAAGGUCAAAUCUUGUUUCUUCUGUAAUACAACUAAAGGCUCUGGGAAUUGAUAAUAUCUUGGGCUUUGAUUGGUUAGCUUCUCCUCCACCGGAGGCAAUGAUAAGAGCGCUUGAGGUCCUCUACUCUCUUGGGAUUCUUGAUGAAGACGCAAAACUCACAACACCAAGUGGAUUUCAAGUUGCUGAGAUACCACUAGAUCCCAUGGUCUCCAAGAUGAUCAUAGCAGCGGACACGCUUGGUUGUUCAGAGGAGAUUCUUACUAUUGCAGCAGUUCUUUCUGUUCAGUCUAUCUGGGUUUCCGCUAGAGGAAAGCACAAAGGCCUUGAUGAAGUGAAGUUGAGAUUUGCUGCUGCUGAGGGUGAUCAUGUAACUCAUUUGAAUGUGUAUAAAGGAUUUCUCCAGUCUGGAAAGUCUUCACAAUGGUGUUACAAAAACUACAUAAACUACCAUGCCAUGAAAAAGGUUGUUGAUACAAGGGAACAACUUUGCAGGCUAGUCAGGCGGCUUGGCAUAGUUCUGAAAUCUUGCCAAGGGGAUACACAGACAAUAAGAAAAGCCAUUCUUGCUGGUUUUUUCUCUCAUGCCAGUCAGUUGGAAGAAUACAGUCAAAAUGGCAUGUACAAAACAGUCAGAAAUUCCCAAGAAGUGUAUAUCCAUCCAUCAUCUGUACUAUUUAGAGUUAAUCCUAAGUGGGUGGUCUACCAUUCUCUGGUUUCCACUGACAAGCAUUAUAUGCAUAAUGUCAUUGCCAUUGAUCCAUCUUGGCUCAUUGAAGCUGCACCACAUUUCUACCAACUAAAGAGACCAAAUCCAGCAAUCUUCUGAAAGCAAUAUGAGCUGGGGAUUUUUCUUUCAUCUGACAUCACCUGGUUUCUCCUUUAUUAUGGUCUAUGAACUCUGCAAGGGAGACUGAAUUGCCAUGAGUUGUAACUUCUUCAGAUGUUUGUAUUUUAAUAUUUAAAUUACAUAUAUAUUUAUACACCCCUUUCCUGUUUUUUGGGAGUCCCUUUGUAAUUGAAAUUGUAGCCUUUUUGUGAUUGUAGGUUAAGCUUUGGCUCUUAGUAUUCAUUGAAAAAAAAAAAAUCCCGACAUAAAUACAUAAUGAUUGAACAUUUGGGGUUGCACUA